UGGGAUUGAUGCGCAGGCGCACCGCACGCAGGUCAACCUACCAUUCUCUGUAGGACCUCCCCUCCCCCACCUCGGGCCAAGUGCGCAUGCUCAGCUGCGCGCCAACGGCCCCCUUUUUCCUCUUCUGCGCCUGCGCGACCGUGAUUACCGGCUCUCGUUUCCUCACCCUACCCCCCACCAGACCCGGCUGUGAGGACCGCGAGCUGCGAAAGGGCGGGAAAGGCGGUUGGAGAAGGAGGGGCGAGCGGUUACUCACUCCAUGGCUGCGGAAAAGAGAGGCAUCGGCGGCCUCGGCUGAAGAAAGACGGUGGGAGCGGAGAGCGCAGGCGCGUUGCAGGUGCUGACGGAUUGCCUUUGGGAGCUGGAAUAGAAGCUGCCUCACAUCUGGAGCCAUGAGCGCGUUUAACUUUGGAAGCACUGGGGCUCCUACAGGCGGGUUCACUUUUGGCACUGCAAAGACAGCAACAACCACACCCUCCACAGGGUUUUCUUUUUCUACUUCUGGCACUGGAGGGUUUAAUUUUGGGACUCCCUCCCAACCAGCUGCAACUACUCCUUCCACCAGCCUGUUCUCCCUCACUACCCAGGCUCCAGCUACACAGACCCCAGCAUUCAGUUUUGGAACGACAACUCCUGCUUCUGGAGGAACUGGCUUUUCCUUGGGGAUCAGUGCUCCAAAGCUAAACUUGAGCAACCCAGCCACCACCCUGGCCCCAGCAAGCACCAGUGGCUUUGGGCUCAGCAGCAGCACCCUCAGCAAUGCCAUAUCGAGCCAGGGGGCUACGCCCACUGGCUUUGUGUUUGGCUCCUCCACCACCUCCACAGUUCCAGCCAGCACAUCUGGAGGGUUCUCGUUCACCAGUGGAAGCACAGCCCAGCCUGGGACGUCCACUUUCAACAUUGGCUCUGUGGGCAGUUCGGCCCAGCCUACGGCACUUUCUGGAUUACCCUUUACUCCCACUGCACUAGCAACCACGGGAGCAGGGGCCAUACAGCCAGCCGCUCCCACACCCGCCUCCACUACCAGUGCAGGGCCCAACCUCUUUGCAUCAAUAGCAGCUGCUCCCACCUCAUCCACUGCCACGGGGCUCUCCCUACCUGCCCCAGCAACCACCACUGGGGCAUCCGGGGCGGGAACACUGGCCUUCAGCCUAAAGGCCCCUGCAGCAGCUUCUAGUACCUCUACAGUAACAUCUACCACUGCUACCACCACCACCACCGGCUUUGCCUUGAAUUUAAAACCACUGGUGCCAGCUGGAAUCCCCAGCAAUGCAACAACGGCUGUGACUGCUCCGCCUGGCACCAGUGCAGCUACUGGGGUAGCCACCUGCCCCGUGAUGACCUAUGCACAGCUGGAGAGCCUGAUCAACAAGUGGAGCUUGGAGCUGGAAGACCAGGAGCGACAUUUCCUCCAGCAGGCCACCCAGGUCAAUGCCUGGGACCGCACACUGAUUGAGAAUGGGGAGAAGAUCACCAGCCUGCAUCGAGAAGUGGAGAAGGUGAAACUGGACCAGAAGAGACUGGACCAGGAGCUCGAUUUUAUCCUGUCCCAGCAGAAAGAGCUAGAAGACCUGCUGAGCCCACUGGAGGAGUCAGUCAAGGAGCAGAGUGGCACCAUCUACCUGCAGCACGCCGACGAGGAGCGCGAGAAGACCUACAAACUGGCUGAGAACAUUGACGCGCAGCUCAAGCGCAUGGCCCAGGACCUCAAGGAUAUCAUCGAGCACCUGAACACGUCGGGAGGCCCCGCAGACACCAGCGACCCCCUGCAGCAGAUCUGCAAGAUCCUCAAUGCGCACAUGGACUCCCUACAGUGGAUCGACCAGAACUCGGCCCUGCUGCAGAGGAAGGUAGAGGAGGUGACCAAGGUGUGCGAGGGACGUCGCAAGGAGCAGGAGCGCAGCUUCCGGAUCACGUUCGACUGAGUUCUUGGGGGGGUAGCGCUGUGUUGUGUAGUUCGGGGUUGCAAGAUACUCGUUCUUUAUUGCUUGCUUUCACGUAAUUGUGCUGUUGAGAGAAUUGUUCUGGAGUUUGACUUCCAUUAGGAAAUACAAAGCAUUUGGAGUCCUCUGGUCCAGGCAGGAGCCUAGAGAGUGCUUUUUUCAUCUAUGCAUCCUCGGUCCUUUCUCACCUGUUGCACCACCCACCUCAUCCUCCCUCCAGCCAAAGAAUGGAGAAACGCUGAUUGACAUUAGAAAAAUGUACACGCCAGCCAGGGUCAGUCAGGCAGUCACUCUGUCCAACACUCACACUCAGUCAUAGGUGUAGUGAAAAAGACAAGGUUCAGAGAAUCUGUCCUCAGAGGAGAAAGCAGCCUGGACUUGAGGUACAAGAUGUGUACCUAUGAGAGCUAACCACCAAGAUGGGAAUUGAGAACAGAACAGACAGCAGGAUAGAGGUGGAUAUGGGCCAGCUGAGGGGUGUGUACGAGGGUAGGAAGAAGGGGCCUCCUUUGCCUGGUUGUGAGCAGCCUGCCGUCUGCUCGUCCUCGAGGCUCUACCUUAGCCUUGUCUCCAGGAAGCCUUAGCCGCACAGCACUGGUGGGGUGGCCAGCUGUAGGUCCCUGUAGCGCACUGCAUGGCACCUCCGCUACUUGCCACACUAUUGUGCCAACUGUGCUCCAUCUCGCCCCUAGAUUGUGAGCUCUUGUGGGCAGGGACUGGCUAUUGUUACACUCUGUGUCCCCAGCACAAUCCUGUCACAUUUGCUCAGUGAACCAUGAAGAUGAAACCUGGUAUAUCACUAGCUCACAAAAAUGCCUGCUGAUGUGGCCUUGGUGGCCAGAGAGACUUGGUCCUGAGCUUCCCAGUACCAGAGUUCACUUAGUCACAGUAAGAAGCCAACCGGAUAUAUCCCAGGUGUCUUUCGUAUUUCCUUUACACUCUGCAGCAUCCUCUGAAGCACCUAUGGUUGUAUGUUGCUUACCUAAAUAAAUAAGUAUUGUGAAACAAAACUGCCGUCAAUCUUCAUGAAUGUUAGGAAGAAAAGGUUGAUGAGAAGAGUGGGUUUCAGAAUACUCCAUGGGAUACCAUUGGUCUAAAGGGCAGAAGCAAGCACCAGGACUUCUGUUUAAUCAUGCACCAGUA